AAAACGAUCUGCGUAAUGGAAAAAUUGAGCUUUGGUGAUAUGCUGCCAUCAAAAUGAUAGCAAACCGUAACCAACAAACAGAUAAUACAAGAUAAAGAACUAUGAAGCAAUUCAAAGGAAACAUAACGAAAGUCAAUUGACUGACGCAUCUCGAGUUCGGUGGACAUACCGUAUGAGACAGUUGAAGCCAGUCAUGUCGACAGUCCCAAAACAAAACGCAUACCCACUUUAGUUAUUUCAGAACAGUGAAUUUUCUAAUAUCCACAAAGCACCAUCCAGCAAAAGAUGAUGGAUUCUAACGCGAUCGAGCGACACUUCACCAAGAUGGUCGUGUUGGGGGGCGCUUAUCAAACAGGAGACCUGUACGACUACCGCAACGACCGCAUAGUAACAGGUACGAAAUUUUGGGAUUCAAAUCAAAUAGCGCGAGCUACGUCAAGGGAAGAUAAAUUUACAUUGAAAAUAAAGAGCCCUGAUUCCGGUUCAACUAGCAACAAGAGUGAAAACGUGGGCCUUGACGAGCAUUUGCAGGCCAGUGUCAUUGCCGGUCUCAUCAAAGAAUAUCGUGGUGCUACAAAGUACCUGAGCGAUCGAUCCAGUCCUUCCGAAGCCAGUCAAGUGUUGGUCUGCCGCGCCAAAUCAAGAAAGGUCCGCCUGGACUUGCAGACCCUAAUCAGCCAAGACGUUCCACGACUUGUUGCAUCGAAGGAUGAGGUGGAGUCAUCAACAUCCACAACACUACCAACCCAUAUGGUAGUGGGAGUCACAUACGGGUUCGAAGCCUAUUGCGUCCUUUCUUUAGAGUCAGGCGAAGAUGCCCGUGAAAAAGAUGAAGAAUACCUGUCCGAAAUAGCAAGCAAAAUGGAAGCAGCGUUAAACAAAAACCUGCAUUUCUGCGGGUUCAAAGAUUUGUUCAAUGAAGAAGAAAAAAAACAACUGACUCGUAUUAAAUGUCGUCUGUAUGCCGAUCCCCUAAUGUCGCCUUUCCAAGGGGGUAGCGUUUUCGACACUUUUAAACAAUGCCAUAAACUUAUUGAGCAAGUCAGAAAGGGCGACAUCCGAAACAAAACGAUUGUACCGAUUGCUGUUCUCCUAUGUCCUCUCAAAGUCAUCAUGGGGCCAGCUCCGGAUGUAUACCCUGAAUAUCAAGACAUCGACCCUGAGUUGUUAACUCGCUGUUGUCGUUUCUGGGAGGCACUGAAUGGCAUCUGCGCAAAGUCUGUCGCCAUCCGCGCUACAAACAAGAAAGCCAAUCACGCUUCAUUGCGUCAAUUCGAAAAAACUUUUAAAAAAUACCAAGAGCUGGUGCAAAAGGCAUUGGGAAGCAGCAUUCUAAAGGCGCGCCAAACUGGCAAAGAGGAAGAGAUUGAAAGGGUAUCAAACAUCGUUGAAAAUCACAAGAUUUUCAAGCCAUCACGACUGGAACGAUGGCUCCGCUACAAACAGGCAGAGUACGAAAUGUCCUGUCAAAUCAGCAGCAUUACGGGUAUCGAUUGUUUGGCUAAUAACAAAGAACUCAACAACCACCUGGAAGUUGCCUUCGACAAGAAAUACUGUCUGGUGCUCAGGAUUCCACCACUCGACGAACUGACGAACAAAACUCUCGAAGAUAUGAAGGAAUACGUUGGUUCGUACAAGAUACUUAUCCAUAUACGUGACGACGAAAACAACGAUGAAAGUAGCGCUGACGACGAAGAAGAUGACGUUCCGUGGCACAUGCUCAAACACAAACAGAAGUCUGUUCUGGCCAAAAUCCAGGAGCUUGUCGAUCACCUGGAAAAGAAUAAAGGCCUAGAAAAACAUGUACAAUGUUUGAUUGUAUUUAGUGACGCGAAAGAGCAAUUUGAAUGUCGUUACUGUGUCUAUGAUACUGGCAAUCUAUUAAAGGAUUACCUUCGUCAUUUGCCCGGACCUCCUACUGGCCUGCGAAUUCGCGCCCCGAAAACACGAACCGUCAGGAAAACAGGUUCUACGUACCCCAUCGAUCUCGAGUGGGACUAUGAAGAACUUGGUUUUCCGUGUUACUUCUUGGUAGAAUAUCGGCUGGAUGGGAAUAAAGAUGAAGACUGGACGCAACGGAAGACAGCCAAAUCGGGUGAGACCCAGCUAGCAAUUGCCUACAAAAGUGGAUCGGCGAUGACGAUCCGCGUGGCGGCAGACACUUGCAUCGGUCGAAGUGAAUUCAGCCAAGUGAUCGACACAAUAACGAUGCGGGAACUUUACGAAGAUGAAGAGGCGAUAACUGAAAAGGAAAUUUUGGAUUCGGAAGCGGAUACUAGCGUCAACGCCAACGAUCAUGCGGAAAUGGAUCGAGUCAGGCAGGCUGAACCUGCAGCGACAAAUGUGUUAACGAGUCAACAGCCAAUAGAAAAUCAAAAUACUGCACCUAUUUUACAGCCUACGUCUCGUGUCUUCACGACCGACACGACACGGGAAGGUUGGAAGGCGCCUGACUCUACCAGCAUGACACAGCAUGAGGAAACUUUGCUACGUAUGGACAGUGACGAAGAUGAAGAAGAUCUGGAAAAGGGAGACGACGGUGAGGAAUUACAAGAAGAAGAGAAAACAAGGACUAAGGCGAUCGAGCAAUUCGUCACUGAGAUGGUGGUGCUAGAAAGCGGAUUUCAAGUGGGCGACUUGUACGACUAUUGCAGCGAUCGCAUCUUGACAGACGGUCGGAAGUAUGUGGAGUCGAGCAAAAUAGGAUCGGGUAUUAAAGUGGCAAACGACUUUAGUCUGGAAUUUGAAUGCUGCGAUUCAAGUUCCAUGAGCAACAAGGUGGAAAAUAUGGGCCUUGAUGAGCACUUCCAGGCCAGCUACAUGGCCGGACUCAUCGAAAAGCCUCGCAGUAGCAGUAAGUACCUGAGCAACUGUUGCAGCUCAUCACAAGCAGCGCAAGUCUUCAAAUUCCGCGUCAAAUCAAAAGUGGUGCGAUUAGAUUUGCAGAAUCUUGCGAUUCAAGACGUUGCGCAUCUCAAUGACUUAAGCGAAAAAAGAAACUCGUCGAAAUGGAAAACAAACCCAACUCAUAUUGUGGUGAGCGUCACUUACGGAGCCGAAGCCUAUUGCGUCCUAACGUACGGUCUCAAAGACGCAGAGACAGACGACGAUUCUUGUGAAGAGGCUGAACAAUGUCUGUUCCAAAUCGCAAAUAAAAUGAGGGACGCGUUGGAUAAAAAACAAAAUUUAUCCGAGUUCAAGCAACAGUUUGACGUGAAAGAGAGAACACAGCUGGCUGGUAUCAAAUGUAACUUGUACACCGAUUUGCAAACUACAAUUGUAAAGGAUUGCAGCGUCUUUGACGCUUAUAAAAAUUGCCUCAAGUUCAUCCAGCAAGUCGAGAAGACUGGCAUCGGAAACAACAAAUCCAUUCCGAUAGCUGUGUCUCUUUGCCCUCUUCAAGCAAUCAUGGGACAAGACGAGGAAGACCAGUUCAAAUAUCACGACGUCGAUCCAGAACUGAUCAAUCGUUGUGUCUCUAUUUGGGACGAAUUAGACAAAAUCUGUGCGACAUCCGUUGCUAAUCGCAGUGUCCAGAAAAAAGUCGGUAACCCUUCAUUGCGUCAGUUUGAAGAGGCCGUUGGUAAAUACAAAUCUUUCAUGCAAUCGAGUUUGAAAAAUCGCUUACGGAAAGCGCGAGAAACUGGACAGCAAAGUGAAAUAGAAAAAGUGGCCAACAUCGUCGAAAACCACGUGAUUUUCAAGCCGUCGCAUUUAGAACGUUGGCUCCUCUGCAAAAAGGAAGAGUUCAAUCUGCACGAAAAAAUCAGCAAAAUGGCAAAGAACGUUCGGUUAACAAGCGAAAAGCAACUAGAGAAAGAAAUUGGAGAAGCCUAUGAAACAAAAUACGCCAUGGUUCUUAGUCUCCCUUCUCUGGACGAACGGACGAACACAAUCCUUCAAGCGAUGAACGAAUACACUGAUUCAUAUAACACACUGGUAGCAAACGAUGACGGCGAUAACGAAACGAACGAUGAUGAGGAAGAAGAGAGCAACAUGCCAUGGAACCAGCAAAAGCAAAAGUAUGUCCUCUCCAAAGUUCGUGAGUUUGCUGAACACGUGGAAAAAAAUAAGCAUAUAGAAAACAAAGUCCAAUUCUUCGUGACUUUCUGUGAGACGGGCAAAGCCGAAGCAGGAUGUCGCUACUCCGUUUAUGACGCUAAUGGUCUACUAAAGGAUAACAUUAUCCAAUUGCCCGAACCUCCAAAAGGUCUGCGGAUUCACGUACCGACAGCGAACAACCCCAAAAAAAGAAACAUCGCAUUGACGUGGGACUAUGCAGAUCUUGGCUUUCCCUAUCAUUUUCUAGUGGAAUAUCGAACAGGUGACGAUGGUAACGAUGAACCUUGGGCGCAAAGAGAACAACAACGCGGGCGAAACGCAACUUACUAUCCCCUAUAAAACGGAAUUGGCGAUAGAAUUCCGCGUUGCAGCUGACACUUGCAUCGGUCGAAGUGAGUUCAGUCAAGUCUUCAACAAAGAGUCCGCGUCGGAUUCUGACGAUGAUGAUGAAGCCAAUUUAGACACCAUCUCGAUGUACUCGGAACCACUAACUGCCGA